GACCCGUCAUUUCGCAAACAACUUCCGGGUUUCAUUCCCAUGUUUGUUUUGAAAUUCUAUUCAAACCGACAUCGACGCUGUUUUUAUUUUACUCAUCGAUUUCAUGUGCGCAGAAAAUUACACCGUCAAAUGUUAUCUCGUAGUUUGUGUCGCUUGCGUGCAGUUUUUUCCUGCGUAGUUUACAACAAUCUAAACAGAGGAUGGUGGAGAACAAGCUCAGGAUACACUGGUGAAAAGCAUGCGAUUGCUCUGGCACAGCGCUGUAUUACAUUGACGACAAGAAGCCUCCUUCACAAUGAUCUCGGGUGCUUGUACGAAAACGAUUCUGUUCAAAUGUAUCUUCGGCAGCUCAUGGACAACCACAAAGCUCUUGAGCACAAGUUGCAGCGUUCAAACCUGAGCGAAGCUCACAGGAAAGUAAUGGUUAAGAAAUACACUGACCUGCUGCCUUUGGCACAUGUCUAUUACAAAGUUGAACAGGCCCUGAAAGAUCUUGACGAAAUUAAUACCAUAUUGCAUUCUGGUUCCAAAGAUGAAGAUGAACAAUUUGAUCAGCUGCUGAAAGAAGAGGAAGUGCUUAUUGCAGAAAGGAUUUCAGUCUUAAAGAAAGAGUUAAUAAAAGCUCUGUUGCCAAUUGACCCUCUGGACUCCAGUAACAUUCUGCUGGAGGUUGUUUCAGGACGAACAACGGGAGGUGAUAUAUGCCAGCAAUUCACGAGAGAAAUGUUUGAUAUGUACCAGGGUUUUGCCGCUUAUAAGAACUGGGAUUUUGAGACCUUUAACUACACUCCUGCAGAGUUUGGUGGUUUGCAUCACGCAGCUGUACGUAUAGCUGGGGAGAAUGUGUACAGACAUCUGAAGCAUGAGGGUGGAACCCACCGUGUGCAGAGGAUUCCUGAGGUGGGCCUUUCCUCCAGGAUGCAGCGAAUCCACACUGGAACCAUGACUGUGGUCGUUCUGCCUCAGCCUGUUGAGGUGGAUGUCAGCAUCGACCCCAAAGAGCUCCGUGUUGAUACGUUCAGAUCUCGAGGUGCUGGGGGUCAAAGUGUCAACACAACUGACAGCGCAGUGCGCAUUGUUCACCUCCCCUCAGGAAUCACAGCAGAGUGUCAACAGACCCGCUCUCAACUGCAGAACAGAGAAACUGCCAUGCGCAUGCUGAAGGCCCGCCUCUACCAGAGCAUGAUGAGUAAAGAGACUGAGCAGAAGAAUUUGGCACGGAAGCAGCAGGUGGGAACGCGCUCGCAGUCAGAGAGGAUUCGCACCUACAACUUCAGCCAGGAUCGCGUCACAGACCACCGGAUUGGCUACAUUUGCAGAGGCAUUAAGGAGUUCAUGCGAGGAGGGGAGGCGCUUGAUGAUGUAAUCACUGUCGUACUUGAACACGCAGAAAGGGAGGCGCUUCUGGACCUGGUGGAGAACAGCAGAAGCAGUGUGCACUCUUCUGCAGACUGACUCACGCCACAGCUUGCUUUCAAGUUUGGGGUUUGAUAGUUCAACAUCAAUAUCAAAACACCGGACAUGAGGUGUAGUCACACUGCAAAUAUUUAUUUUCACAUUGCAGUUGUAGAUUUUGCGCGUGGAACUAUAUUUUUUGUUAUUUGCAAUUUACUGUACAUUCAUUAUGCCUGUGAUUAAAUUAUUUAUCCUAAAAUAAUGAAAAUAAGAA